AUGGAACAGAUAUGGUUGCUGUUGCUACUAACAACUAGAGUGCUUCCGGGUUCUGCUCAGUUCAAUGGCUACAAUUGUGAUGCCAACCUCCACAGUAGAUUUCCUGCUGAAAGAGACAUCAGUGUCUACUGUGGGGUCCAGGCCAUCACAAUGAAGAUUAAUUUUUGCACAGUUCUUUUCUCCGGGUAUUCUGAAGCAGAUCUGGCCCUGAACGGAAGGCAUGCGGAUUCUCACUGCAGGGGCUUCAUCAGUAACAACACCUUUCCUGCUGUGGUCAUUUUCACCAUCAAUCUGAGCACCUUGGAGGGCUGUGGAAACAAUUUAGCGGUAUCCACAGUUCCUGGAGUCAGUGCUUACGGAAAUGCAACUUCAGUACAAAUAGGAAAUAUUUCAGGAUAUAUUGAUACUCCAGACCCACCAACAAUCAUCAGCUAUCUACCUGGGCUUCUUUACAAAUUUAGCUGUAGUUAUCCAUUGGAAUACCUGGUUAAUAAUACCCAACUUGCUUCGUCCUCAGCUGCCAUUUCUGUGAGGGAGAACAAUGGUACAUUUGUCAGCACUUUGAACCUGCUCCUUUAUAAUGAUUCGACCUACAAUCAGCAGUUAAUUAUCCCGAGUAUAGGACUACCUUUGAAAACCAAAGUAUUUGCAGCUGUGCAAGCCACUAAUCUGGAUGGCAGAUGGAAUGUCUUAAUGGAUUAUUGCUACACGACCCCAUCAGGGAACCCAAAUGAUGAUACUCGAUAUGAUCUCUUCCUUAGCUGUGACAAAGAUCCUCAAACUACCAUCAUUGAAAAUGGUAGAAGCCAGCGGGGCCGCUUUUCUUUUGAAGUGUUCCGAUUUGUGAAACACAAGAAUCAGAAAAUGUCUACUGUCUUCCUGCACUGUGUUACCAAACUCUGCAGAGCUGAUGACUGUCCCUUCCUCAUGCCAGCUUGUGGCCACAGAGAAAGGCGAGACGUGGGGAGGAGGACCACUCUGAGUCCCCGGAGUACUUCUGGAAAUGCCGUUCUGUCUGCGGGUCCCAUCAUUACUCGGAGUGAUGAGACACCAACCAACAAUUCACAGCUUGGUUCUGCACAUGAACCUCAUUUUCAGCUGAAUGCUGUCACCAGUGCCCUGAUAUCAGGAGUGGUCAUUCUGGGAGUCAUGAGCUUUUCCCUGCUUCUGUGCUCACUGGCCCUGUUACACAGGAGGGCGCCCGCCAGCUUGGUGUUGAAUGGCAUACGAAACCCAGUCUUUGACUGA